AUGAGUCAGAGACAGGUGCUGCAAGUGUUCGAACAAUACCAGAAAGCCCGGACCCAAUUUGUGCAGAUGGUGGCGGAGCUGGCGACCAGACCCCAAAACAUCGAGACACUUCAGAACGCGGGUGUUAUGUCUUUGCUGCGACCUCUUCUUCUUGAUGUGGUCCCAACAAUUCAACAGACUGCAGCUUUGGCUCUCGGGAGACUGGCUAAUUACAACGAUGACCUAGCAGAAGCAGUUGUGAAGGGCGACAUUCUUCCACAGCUUGUGUAUUCACUGGCAGAACAGAAUCGUUUUUACAAGAAAGCAGCUGCCUUUGUGUUACGAGCGGUUGGUAAACAUUCUCCUCAGCUAGCUCAGGCAAUAGUUGAUUGUGGAGCACUGGAUACAUUGGUGAUAUGCUUGGAAGAUUUUGACCCUGGAGUCAAGGAAGCUGCAGCCUGGGCACUUGGAUAUAUUGCAAGACAUAAUGCAGAACUGUCACAAGCUGUGGUGGAUGCAGGAGCGGUUCCUCUUUUAGUACUCUGUAUCCAGGAGCCAGAAAUUGCUUUGAAAAGGAUUGCUGCUUCGGCCCUCAGUGAUAUUUCAAAGCAUUCUCCAGAGUUAGCACAGACAGUAGUGGAUGCAGGAGCUAUUGCUCACUUAGCCCAGAUGAUCCUGAAUCCUGAUCCUAAAUUGAAGCGUCAAGUUCUUUCCGCUCUCAGUCAGAUAGCAAAACAUUCUGUGGAUCUGGCAGAAAUGGUAGUUGAAGCAGAAAUUUUCCCGGUUGUACUUACCUGUCUGAAGGACAAAGAUGAAUAUGUGAAGAAAAAUGCUUCUACUUUAAUUAGAGAGAUUGCAAAACAUACACCCGAGCUUUCCCAGCUGAUAGUUAAUGCAGGAGGAGUUGCUGCUGUGAUUGACUGUAUUGGAUCCUGCAAAGGAAACAUAAGGCUGCCUGGCAUCAUGAUGCUUGGUUAUGUAGCAGCUCACUCGGAGAACCUGGCGAUGGCGGUGAUCAUUUCCAAGGGUGUACCCCAGUUGUCAGUCUGCUUGUCAGAAGAACCAGAAGAUCAUAUUAAGGCUGCUGCUGCUUGGACCUUAGGACAGAUUGGGAGGCACACUCCUGAACACGCACGGGCUGUUGCAGUCACAAAUACUUUGCCAGUUCUGCUUUGUUUAUACAUGUCAACAGAAAGUUCUGAGGAUCUUCAAAUAAAAGUGCUGCCACAUGAUAGCAAAGCUCGAAGACUUUUUGUAACAAGUGGUGGACUUAAAAAGGUCCAAGAGAUAAAAGCAGAACCUGGAUCUCUCCUUCAAGAAUACAUCAACAGCAUUAAUAAUUGCUACCCAGAGGAAAUAGUAAGGUAUUAUUCCCCUGGAUAUUCUGAUACACUUCUGCAGAGGGUGGACAGCUAUCAACCACUUAUUAACUAA